AUAUUGAGCAUAUAUUAAUCAAGCAAUAACUACACUCAAAUAUUGAGAUAUUCUUCCAAAGAAAACUUGUUCUAGAAAAAUUCAUUAUAUUAAAGUAGAAAACCCAAAUAAAUGAGUUCGAAAUAGAACGAACAUAUAUAUCAAUCCCGAAAAAGAAACUUCAGGUUUUGCAUUGAAUUCCAUCAAGCGAGCAACAAUGGGUUUCUUGGAGCUGCUGUAAUGUAAAUAGUAAAUGUAGUGUAUGUCCAUACACUCAACAGAGGAGUAAAAGAAAAGAGAAGAUGCAAUCUCGUGCUCCGCCAACCAAAUCCAAAUGGGAAAUUCCAUCGCUCACAAAACCCGUUACGCAUUGACCUUCCUCUGCUUCAUACUUGUCGUCCUCUUUACCCUUUUCCUCUUCACCAAACGUACGCUCGAACCCUACCUCUCCUUCUAUCAACCAUCCUUCCAUAUCCACUCUUCAAAUGCCGCAUUCAUUGAUGGUAACCAAACUCUUGACACUGCUCACGAGAAUAGGGAAAUGUGUGAUCUUUACACUGGAACUUGGGUGAAAGACGAUGACUACCCAAUUUACAAACCGGGUUCUUGCCCUUAUGUUGAUGAGGCUUUUGAUUGCCAAAGCAACGGGAGGCCAGAUUCUAAUUACUUGAGAUGGCGUUGGAAGCCUGACGGCUGCGAUCUUCCGAGGUUUAAUGCUACUGACUUCUUGGAGAGACUAAGAGGUAAAAGGCUGAUGUUGGUUGGGGACUCCAUGAACCGUAAUCAGUUUGAAUCAAUCUUAUGCCUCCUACGUGAAGGCCUUACGAAUAAGAGCAAAAUGUAUGAGGUCCAUGGAUACAAGAUAACUAAAGAAAGAGGGUAUUUUAUAUUUAAAUUUGAGGACUAUAACUGUACAGUGGUAUUUGUAAGGUCACAUUUUCUGGUGAAAGAAGGAAUCCGCAUUAAUGAGCAAGGGAAUUCAAAUCCAACUCUAUCAAUAGAUAAAAUUGACAAGACAUCUGAUCGAUGGAAGCAGGCUGAUAUUCUCAUUUUCAAUACCGCUCACUGGUGGGUUCAUGGAAAGACUGCCCGAGGGAUAAAUUAUUACAAAGAAGGUGAUUAUCUUUAUCUGAAAUUAGAUGCUGUUGAAGCUUACCGAAGAGCCUUGAAGACCUGGGCAAGAUGGAUUGAUGAAAACAUCAAACCGGAAGCAAAGUUGGUCCUCUAUCGUGGAUACUCUUCUGCUCAUUUCAGGGGAGGGGAUUGGAACUCAGGUGGAUCAUGUACUGGGGAAUCUGAACCAAUCUUGAGCGGAGCCGUCCUGGACACGUAUCCUUUUAAAAUGAAGAUAGUGGAAGAAGUGAUUCAGGAAAUGGAGGUCCCUGUGAUACUGUUGAACAUAACGAGGCUGACCAAUUCUCGCAAAGAUGGCCAUCCAGGGAUCUAUGGGAAGGCAUUGAAAGAAGGGAAAACGAAUUCUAUGAGGCGGGAAGAUUGCAGCCACUGGUGUCUUCCAGGGGUUCCUGAUGCCUGGAAUGAGCUUAUCUAUGCCACUCUAGUCCUCAAGAAAUAAUUUUGAAAAGGAUAUAAGUUUCAACUUCCGGAUUAGAAGAAUAGGUCAAAUUUUGAUUUUGGUCCUUAUACUAUGUUCAAAUUUUAUAUUUAACCACUACAUUUUAGCUUGACAUUAUUUUAACCAUUCCAUUUAAAAUGCCAGUAUAGAUUUUUUUUUCUUCUGAAAACAA